CAGGGCACAGCUCUGACGGGGAAAAAGUGGUGCAUUUCUGGACAUUCUGAGGAUUCACAAGGAAACUAGCCAUGUCCUUGGAUGACAUUAAAAUGAAAUCUAGUGACUUUUUGGAGAAGGAGCAUUUGGACAGUGGGGGCUUCGGAAAGGUGUCUUUGUGUUUACACAGAUCCCAUGGACUUGUAAUACUGAAAAAGGUGUACACAGGGCCCAAGCGCACCGAGUACAAUGAGUCCCUCCUUGAGGAGGGCAAGAUGAUGCACAGGCUGAGACAUAAUCGGGUGGUGAAGCUCCUGGGCGUCAUCAUGGAAGAAGGGAGCUACUCCCUGGUGAUGGAGUACAUGGAAAAGGGCAAUCUGAUGCACGUUCUGAAGGCGGAGGUCAGUAUCCCCCUUUCUGUAAAAGGAAGGAUAAUUAUGGAGACCAUUGAAGGGAUGUGCUACUUACAUGGACAAGGCGUAAUACACAAGGACCUAAAGCCUGAAAAUAUCCUCGUUGAUGAUGACUUUCACAUUAAGAUAGCUGAUCUUGGCGUUGCUUCCUUUAAGAUGUGGAGUAAACUGACUAAAGAGGAACAUAAUGAGCAGAGGAAAUUGAAUAGUGUCUCUAAGAAAAAUGGUGGAACCCUUUGCUACAUGGCCCCUGAGCAUCUGAAUGACAUCAACGCAAAGCCCUCAGAGAAGUCAGAUGUGUACAGCUUUGGCAUAGUACUUUGGGCAAUAUUUGCUAAUAAGGAGCCCUAUGAAAAUGCUAUCUGUGAACAGCAGUUGAUAAUGUGCAUUAAAUCUGGGAACAGGCCAAAUGUGGAUGACAUCCUUGAGUACUGCCCCGUGGAGAUUAUCAGCAUCAUGAAGCAAUGCUGGGACAUGAAACCAGAAGUUCGGCCAACAUUUACUGGCAUUGAAGAAAAAUUUAGGCCCUUUUAUGUAGUUCAAUUAGAAGAAAAUGUAGAAGAUGAUGUGACAAGUUUAAAGAAAGAGUAUCCAGACCCAGCCCAAAAUUCAUUUGUGAAGAGAAUGCAUUCUCUCCAGAUUGACUGUACAGCAGUACCUCCAAGCAGGUCAAAUUCAGCCCCAGAACAGCCCAGCUCACUGCACAGUUCCCAUGGACUUGGGAUAGGUCCCGUGGAGGAGUCCUGGUUUUCUCCCUCCCUAGAGAACCAGCAGGAGGAGAAUCAGCUCAGCUUGCAGAGUAAACUCCAGGAGGAAGCCAACUACCAUCUUUUUGGCAGCCGCAUGGACAGGCAGACAAAACCGCUCAAACAGAAUGUGGCUUAUAAUAGAGAGGAGGAAAGGAGACGAAGGGUCUCCCAUGACCCUUUUGCACAGCAGAGACCUUAUGAGCAUGUUCAGAACCCAGGAGUGAAAGGCCUUCCUUAUUCUAGUGCAACUAGUCCUGGUAAUGCACUACACCAACCCACAGGGCUAACCAGCCAACCCCAAGUGCUAUACUGGAACAAUGGAUUGUACAAUCCAUUUGCUUUUGGAUCAAGACCACAGGAUCUGGGAACAACAGGUUCAAGAGUUUUGUAUGGGCCAAAUCCAAGCCAUAUGCCAAGCGUGCAUAAAAUUCCAGUGCCUGAGACUAACCUACUGGGAAACACACCCACCCUUCCAUUCAGCUCCUUCCCAUCAAGAGAUGAGUCUGUGAAAUGUACCAUAUACAACAGUGCUGGCAUUCAGGUUGGAGACCAUAAUUAUAUGGAGAUUAGUGGAAUGAGUUCAGUGCUACCAGACAUGAACUUGAAAGAAGAGCCAGCUUCUAAGUACCAAGAUAUCUUUGAAAAUAUCACUAGUCUGACUGAUAAACAUCUGGACCCAGUCAGGGAAAAUCUGGGAAAGCAAUGGAAAAACUGUGCCCGUAAGCUGGGCUUCAGUGAACCUCAGAUUGAGGAAAUUGACCAUGACUAUGAGCGAGAUGGACUAAAAGAAAAGGUUUACCAGAUGCUCAAAACGUGGCUGAUGAGGGAAGGCAAUAAGGGGGCCACGGUGGGAAAGCUGGCCUAUGCGCUCUACCAGUGUUCAAGAAUAGACCUCCUGAACUAUUUGGUACAUAUCAACCAGAGCUAACUCCAGAAGGGGCUUUGGCAGCAUGAGGUAAUCUCCUCACCUAGUGAGUAAGUAACCCACUGGAAGUGUGCUGCCUCAGAUCCUUCAGAAUUCUCUCCUCACUGAUACAGGUUCUCUGUCUGCAUAAACAUCUCCCACAUUCCAUAGCUGGAGAAUGGGAAAGAAAUCUACAGCGAACAACCUACUAACCAGGAAGACCUAUUAAUGGCUGAGACCCA